UCCUCGCGCGCCUUCAGCGCAUCAUCCCGCCCUCAGAACUGGCUCAUGCCGAAAGGUGGUGAAACGAAAAAGUCACGAAAAGGUCGCCCACAUGUUGCGACUGGAGGGAGCACCCGUGGAACCACGAUAGCCUGGGGGGACUACGGAUUGCGAAUGCUCGACCAUGAUCGCCGUAUCAGUGCAAAGCAGCUCAAAGUUGCGGAAGAUACCAUCAAGCAACGCCUGAGAGGCAUGAAGUACCAGCUAUACAAACGGGUCUCAGCGAACAUUGGCGUGUACGUGUCCGGAAAUGAGAUUCGUAUGGGAAAAGGCAAAGGCAGCUUCGACCAUUGGGCUGCGAGGGUCGCCGUAUCCCGGAUUCUAUUCGAGUUGAAGGGCGAUCUACACGAGCAAGUCGUCCGAGAUGCAUUCCGGUUGGCUGGGGCCAAAUUGCCUGGUAAUCACGGGUUUGUCAAGAAGGGCGAUGCUCCGAUUGUGGGGAUAACUCAACUGGGAAAUGGUGUGACCUUGGAGAGCUUGAAGAGACCCAGGAAACAGCUUCCCGUAGAAGAAAGUACCGAGACCAUCCCGCCGACAGCCACAUCGACAACACCAACAUCAACCGCAUCGCCACCGGCACCAUAA